UAUUCUUUCUCAUUUAAUAUCUCUGCCACAUGAUGACGCCAUUACGUUCGACGUCGCUUUGAAGCCAGCCAGCCAAUCACCUGACGCGGUUCAAGGAGAGUCCCGCAGUGCUUCCGUGUUGACGCAGCUGCUGCUUCGUCUUUCGUAAAAAAAAAACUCCAGAUUUUUGGUUUCUGUCCCCGCGUCUGUCUCCGGGAGGACACCGGCGGAGAUGAACAGCGUCGGGGAGGCCUGCACCGACCUGAAGCGGGAGUACGAUCAGUGCUUCAACCGCUGGUUCGCGGAGAAGUUCCUGAAGGGGGACCGGAGCGGAGACCCGUGCACCGAGAGCUUCCGGCGGUACCAGCGCUGCGUGCACGCGGCCAUCAAGGACAAGGACAUCCCCAUCGACGGAGUGGACUUCAUGGGUCCCAACAAGGACAAGCCCGAGAGCUGAUCCAUACCGAUCGACCGCACCGAGACCAGUACACCGGGGGACCGGGGAAGAGGUCCACGAGGCCCACCGCGCAUGCGCAGAGACGCUGGAGUGUGUGCUGAUGAAACACACACACACACACCUGAAUUAUUCUGAUAUUAUUUCUGAUUAUUGUUUUCCUCUCAGAGCUGAUGCUUUUAUUCUGGAGUUUAUUUAUGGUGAAUGUGGAGCCGAAACACGUCGAUUAAUCGAUCAGCGGCUGAUCUAAUCGAUCGAUUAUCGCAGACUCGGCUCGUCCUCUGCUGCAG